UAUUCAAUUUUUUUUCCAAUUUUUUCCUGCCUUUCCACUGAUUUCCUUUUUAUCGUUGUUGCUAGUUACUUAUUGAUAUUAUUGCUACUAUGAUGGUGGUGACUGUGACUAUGAUGAUGUGUUGCUGAUGGUGGUGAUUAAAAAAAAUGACUGCUGAUUUUUAACCGGAUGAAAAUGGAGUUUUUCUGAGUGGUCCUAACUGACUCUGGGCUUUUAACCCCUUGGGGGGGAAAAACACAACAAGGUUUUUAAAACGCAUUUUUUUAAAAAGUGGAUUGAUCGCAUUAACUCUUUUUUUCCCUCCCUCCCUGAUUGCCUGGCUGCUAAGAACGGAACCCAAUUUCUCUCCAGAACUUGUUUGAACAUCUCAGGAAGUUCCUACACUUUUUUAUUUUUUUAUUUUUCAUUUUUAAUAUUUCAUUUCUGUGCAAUUUUUCAACUGUUGCUGCAAUGUGUCUGUGGUGCUGAUCGCUCGCUAGCAGUGACAGCCUUCCCUUGGUCAGACCCCGCCCCCCCUUCCUGUCUCGUACCCUUCAGUUCCCAUCUUGAUCUUUUCCUCCACUCCGUCCCUCCCUUACAAACACCGUCAUGGACGCCCAGUCUGGAUUGGCAGAGGCAGUUACCUGCGGAGCCUUGCAUGGAGCAGACACAAACCCAUCUUGGCUGAUGCACCAAGCCUGUGUUCCUGCUGCAUACUUGAGUCAUGGCCAGCAACGUCACCAACAAGACAGACCCACGCUCCCUGAACUCCCGCGUGUUCAUCGGCAAUCUCAACACGCUAGUGGUGAAGAAGUCGGACGUGGAGGCCAUCUUCUCCAAGUACGGCAAGAUUGUGGGCUGCUCUGUGCACAAGGGCUUUGCCUUCGUGCAGUACGUGAACGAGCGCAACGCUCGUGCUGCUGUGGCAGGAGAAGAUGGCAGGAUGAUCGCAGGCCAGGUCCUAGAUAUUAACCUGGCUGCCGAGCCGAAGUUGAACCGGGGCAAAGCUGGGGUGAAGAGAUCGGCCACAGAGAUGUACGGGUCAGUAGCCGCACCACCUUCUCCGUCCCCUCUAGUCAGGUCAUCUUUUGACCUGGACUAUGACUUCCAGCGUGACUACUACGACAGGAUGUACAGCUACCAAGCGCGGGUGCCGCCUCCGCCUCCCAUUGCCAGGGCUGUGGUGCCCUCCAAACGCCAACGGGUUUCUGGCAACACCUCCCGCAGGGGCAAGAGCGGUUUCAACUCGAAAAGUGGGCAGCGGGGGUCGUCUUCCAAGUCUGGAAAGUUGAAAGGAGAUGAUCUGCAGACCAUUAAGAAGGAGCUGACCCAGAUUAAGCAGAAAGUGGAUUCCCUGCUGGAAAGCCUGGAGAAGAUAGAGAAAGAUCAAAAACUGAAGAAUGACAAGUCUGAGGAGGAGCAAAGCAGCAGCUCGGCCAAGAAAGAAGAGAGCAAUGUCAAGAUGGAGUCUGAGACUGGGGCAGAUGACUCCGCUGAGGAAGGGGACCUGCUGGACAAUGACGACAAUGAAGACCGGGGAGACGACCAGCUGGAGUCCAUCGAGGGGGAUGACAAGGAGCCCGAAGAAGGCGAAGACGACAGAGACAGCGCCAAUGGCGAAGACGACUCCUAAGCGCCCAGCACACCUCUCAUCUCUCCUCCUCAACAAACACCGACGUUCUUCUGAUAUUGAGCCUCUCACCAGCCCCUUGUCGGCUGCCUCCUCACUGCCCUCUUCCCUCCCUCCUUCCCAGAGCCCCGUGUGUUCAUGGCGUGUCUUCUGUUGCAUCUGUCCUUUCUUUCUCCUCCCCCCGGCCAGACCCCCGAAAUCUCUCCUAGUAGUUCAGUUAAAUCCCCUGUAAUUCUCCUCUUUUAAUUUUGAUACCUCUUUAUUGACUUAACAAUUAAAAAGGACGUAUUGUUUUUA